UUCUGUUCUCACCCCAUUGUCAACUUAAAAUACGUUGGAGGGGGCGUCAGUGUGCUGGUGAUCAUGCGAUCUUUCGAGGAAAAUCAGUGAGCUCAAUCCACAUUCUGUUGCAUUUAUCAUAAGGGCUCAUCACAGCAGGCGGCGCUGGUCAACCCUAUUUACCACCUCGAUCGGAGUUGACUUGCGGCAAGCACUGAGAGAUAAAGAAGGCUUCGACUCAUGUGAAGAUGGUCUGCGGUCAGUCUGUUGGAAGGCUAGUAUCUCAUCGAAUUGUUGCCGCCACCUUUUAUUGAUAGUGACAGGCUCUCCUCCUCUACGGGCCACUGAGUCGUGGAUCAUGGCCCAAGAAGCUGUCGGAGUCGAGGUCGGCGUACGAUUCUCUGAAAAGUCACUUUCUACGAUAUAUCGAGCACCCAGACAACCUCCACUCUUCAUCAGAUCCCCUUGCGGAUGAUGACAAUGUAUGUAACUGGUUUUCAAAGCCUGUCCCUCGGGUCUGACAUCUGACUGAAGUCAAGUCUCCAUGGUCGACGCUGCGGCAGGAUGAGAUUGCCCGGGAAGAAAUCUUUCAGGAUGUGACUCGCUGUAUGCAAGAUAACUACUUCUUCCGUGAACCUGCCACGCAGAAGAGAUUAUUGGACAUUCUGUUCAUCUAUGCAAAGCUCAAUCCGGACGUCGGCUACAGGCAGGGCAUGCACGAAUUGCUCGCCCCGAUAUUGUGGGCGGUCCAGCAGGACGCGGUCGAUUCCAUCAGCAUCCCUGUCGCGGCUCAAACUAUGGACGGCGUUGAUUUUAUGCAAGACGUGCUGGGCCACAAGCAUGUCGAGCAUGACUCAUUCAACCUCUUCUGCGCCGUCAUGCAGAACACCAAAGCAUCGUACGAAACGGGAGAAAGCAAAGAUUCGUCCCCAAUUGUUGCAAGAAGCAAGAGAAUCCAUGAUGAUAUCCUUGCAGCUAUUGAUCCGGAGCUGGCUCUUCACCUAAACGUUAUUGGUAUUCUUCCUCAGAUAUAUUCGAUUCGCUGGAUUCGUCUUCUUUUCGGACGCGAAUUCGAGUUUCAGGAAGUGCUUCGCGUCUGGGAUCUCCUCUUUGCGGAGAACUUGAGACCAGACAUUGUCGACCUGACUUGUGUCGCCAUGCUGUUGCGAUCACGGUGGGCCUUGGUGGAUGCGGACUAUACAACUGCCAUUACGGCGUUGACUCAUUACACGCUUCCAGAUUCUUCCGAGGAAGCCCGCUCGCUUGUCAGAGAUGCCGCAUUCCUUGACAGAAACAGAACCGUUGAAGCUGGAGCGACAGUGAUCCAGCAUUAUACAGGACGGCGUCCGAAACAGAUAGAUGCGUUGAGCAGCCGCAGCUCCUCGACAGCGAGAACAGUAAGAUCUCCUCAGCUCCGGCAGUCUCCGAGUCCCUCGCCCGGCAGAUUUACUUCUUCGCAAAAACAACUCGAGGGCCUGUUUCAAGAGGUAGCGGGUGGCCUACAAAAACGAACCGAGGGCUGGAACGUGUCGAAAGCUGUCCGGAGCGCGGUUGGCGAAGUCCGACGAAACAUGAACAACUAUCAAACGUCGCAUUCUCGCCAAACGAGUCACGACACGCCGCCCAAUCUUGAAAAGUCGGAUGCGGCAAAGGCCUUGCAACAAAGACUCAAUGAAUUGCAAGAGCGAAAUAUUUUGCUGUCCAGAAUGCUCGAAGAUGCCAUAGACUCUUUGAGGACGGUCAAGUUGACGAGCAAAGAAGGUGCCGACGAGGCCGAACACAAUCUCAACAUUACGCUGGCAAAGAUACAAUUUGUCUCGGUCUAUCUCGCCGACCUAGAAAUACCCAUCCCUAGAGGGCAACCUACGAGGAGGGAGGACAUGGAAGCAGACCAUCAGCCGGACGAGAAACCAAGGAAAGUCCCCGAGGUACCCGCAGCACAGGUGACGACGACGACGACAACGAUGCCCACCGGGAAAUCAGGGAAGCUGAAAGAUGAUAAUGACAAUAAUGAGGGUGAUAAAGCGGCUGCCAAAGUCGACAGCGGCGGCCCACGGCCAACUUCAGGGGGCCGGCCAUCUUUGAUGGAUUCUUCCUUUUCGUUCAUGCUCGGAGAGAACAGACACCGUUCGAGCUUUGUCAGUUCCGUGGCCGCCCUACCAGAGCAGGAGAGGGGCAGCGAGCCAUCAAAGGGGGGUGGACAGAAGAAGCAAGCAGCAGCGGCAGCAGAAGAACGACAGCAACAGAGACGACAGCAAGAUGGUCCACGUAAAGGUGGAUUGGAUGGCGUCGACAAUGAGGGAUUCACGUUGGCCAAGAUCCAAGGCAAAAGAGAAAGCUGAAACAUAGUUAUCGACGUGAAACGUAUUUUACGAGUUAUACCGUAAAAGGCAGGGUGCCUGAGGUAUCUGGAAAGCUGUUCUUUUUUUCUUAUCCUACCUUUAAACUGCCAUUUGACGGUUUUUGGAUCCUUGAUGUCCUCCAUAUAAGUGAGCGAAGGGCCCAGAUGCCGCACAACGAAGAUCCUACCACACCAAGUAGGUAGUGAACUGGUCACACCUUUUCUCUUUUGGGCCGAGCAUCGAUCACUUGUUGGUCGUCAUAACUCUGACCUGGGUACGUGAACUGGUCAAGCUGCUACUCUGUCUCUGCCGGAACGCUCGCGAUCUUGAUGACAACGCAGAGGAAAAUGGACUUGAAGAGGCCGACUGUUGGGCCAUGAUCUGUGAUCCAACCGUUGCUCAGGUUUGUGAUGUGAUACUUUGUCCCUCCUGCCUCAUUUCUGUGGUAAUAAAAUCCCCAAUGGAAGUCGUUUGCAGAUGGAGGUGCUGCUCGAAUAUACAAGACGAUAUACAGUUGCCGUUGAGAAAGAUUCGCCAGGGCUUGUUCUUGAAUCUGCUUGAUUUUCAAACC